CAAGUUUGAAAUGAGGUGGUCGUUAUCCCAAAUUUGACGGAAAAAAAGUGGUCUUCUACGCCACUGCUCGGGUUUGUACCACUGGAAACGAGGAAAUCCCACGGUCGGUGAACGCGUCGUCGCAAACGUCAGCCUGAAUGAAAAAGAAGCGCUUGCCGGUGGCUCAGACAGAGAAGCGACGUGCGAGCUGUCAAGAGGACUCCAGCAUCACUUGUCAAGAGCGGUGAAGAGGCAACAGCUCCACACAAGUUGACGCCGUAUACGGUUUUGGCUUUUUUUGUUUUUUUGGUUAGUUUCCCCCCCACCCCCCACCCACAAUGGCAGACCACCACCUUUUACAUUACAACGACUCCGCGGGUAUCGGCAACCGAUUCGCCCGCAAAGGCGCUUUGCGGCAGAAAAACGUGCACGAAGUGAAAAAUCACAAAUUCACCGCGAGGUUUUUCAGGCAGCCGACCUUCUGCAGCCACUGUACGGACUUCAUAUGGGGAUUCGGCAAACAAGGAUUCCAAUGCCAAGUGUGCUGUUUUGUGGUUCACAAGCGCUGCCACGAGUUUGUAACCUUCUCCUGUCCCGGCGCUGACAAGGGUCCCGACACAGACGAUCCCAGAAGCAAGCACAAGUUCAAAAUCCACUCCUACGGCAGUCCCACCUUCUGCGACCACUGUGGCUCUCUGCUGUACGGCCUCAUCCACCAGGGCAUGAAAUGUGACACCUGCGACAUGAACGUGCACAAGACGUGCGUGGUCAACGUGCCCAGCCUGUGCGGGACGGACCACACGGAGCGCCGGGGUCGCCUCUUCCUCAAGAUUGAGGUCAGCGGCGACAGGCUACACGUCACAGUGGGCGAAGCCAGAAACCUGAUCCCUAUGGACCCUAACGGUUUAUCAGACCCUUACGUCAAACUCAAGCUCAUCCCGGACCCAAAGAACGCAACCAAACAGAAGACCAGGACCAUCCGUUCAUCCCUGAACCCGUGCUGGAACGAGUCCUUCACCUUUAAGAUGAAAGUAUCCGACAAGGACCGCCGUCUGUCCAUCGAGGUGUGGGACUGGGACCGGACCACCAGGAACGACUUCAUGGGCUCGAUGUCAUUUGGAGUGUCCGAGCUGAUGAAAGCUCACACGUCCGGCUGGUACAAGUUGCUGAACCAAGAGGAGGGCGAGUAUUAUAACGUGCCCAUCCCCGAGGUGGAUGACGUGGAUCUGGAGCUCCGACAAAAGUUUGAGAAAGCCAAGCUGGGCCACGGCAAGAAGGUCAUCGCGCCGUCGGACCGCCGGCGCUUCAGCCUCCCGUCGGGCAACGCCGAGCGCCUCCGCCUCAGCGACUUCAACUUCCUGGCCCUGCUGGGGAAAGGGAGCUUCGGCAAGGUGAUGCUGGCCGAGAUGAAGUCCACGGAGGAGCUGUACGCCGUCAAGAUCCUGAAGAAGGACGUGGUCAUCCAGGACGACGACGUGGAAUGCACCAUGGUGGAGAAGAGGGUGCUGGCGCAAAGAGACAAGCCGGCCUUCCUCACGCAGCUCCACUCCUGCUUCCAGACCGUGGAUCGCCUUUACUUUGUGAUGGAGUACAUCAACGGAGGCGACCUCAUGUAUCACAUCCAGCGGAUGGGCAAGUUCAAGGAGCCGCAGGCCGUCUUUUAUGCAGCCGAGAUCGCCGUCGGCCUCUUUUUCCUGCACCGGAAGGGAAUCAUCUACAGGGACCUGAAGCUGGACAACGUGAUGCUGGACUCGGAAGGCCACAUCAAGAUCGCCGACUUCGGCAUGUGCAAGGAGAACAUGUACGAAGGGAUGUCCACGCGCACCUUCUGCGGCACGCCCGACUACAUCGCACCAGAGAUUAUAGCCUACCAGCCGUAUGGAAAGUCAGUGGACUGGUGGGCAUACGGAGUUCUUCUCUAUGAGAUGCUGGCGGGACAGCCGCCGUUUGACGGUGAGGACGAGGACGAGCUCUUCCAGUCCAUCAUGGAGCACAAUGUGUCCUACCCCAAGUCCAUGUCCAAAGAAGCCGUGUCCAUCUGCAAAGGGCUGAUGACCAAACACCCUUCGAAGCGGCUCGGCUGCGGGCCCGAGGGCGAGCGCGACAUCCGGGAGCAGGCCUUCUUCCGACGCAUCGACUGGGAGCGGCUCGCCAACAGGGAGAUACAGCCGCCGUUCAAGCCCAAAGUGUGUGGCAAAGGAGCGGAAAACUUCGACAAGUUCUUCACGCGCACGCAGCCCAUGCUAACCCCGCCGGACCAGAUGAUGAUCGCCAACAUCGACCAGAGCGAGUUCGCCGGCUUCUCCUACAUCAACCCGCAGUUCGUGCCCCCGUCGCUGCACAGCGUCGUGUGAGCGCCACGCGGGACCACGGCGGACUCGAAAUCUCUCUCCCCCCCAAAAAAAACAGCGUAAUCCUCCGCAAACUUCAGACAUGGAAGUAUUAGUUCUGUAUACUGUGUGCAGACGUGACUGAGGAGCGCACUGGGGCCGUGCGCCCCCUUCCCGAACCCGCCCCUCCCCCGUUCUCCUUCCUGCAACAAGCUGCAACGCACGACGAGAACACCCACUGUAUAUUUCCUCCACGUAUUUCCAAACAACACGAGUAGUACACGCGAGUGCCAAAGUACGAGCGGAUGGAAAUUCCCGUCGCAGUUUGCGCAAAUUGAGUGGAACAACUUUUGGUUUUGUGUCCUUUCGCUAGGCGAGGCCGCGUAGAGCGCCGCGCGGCCAGGCGGCGGCCUCAUCCGGUAUGGUGAAGAAGCUUUUUCCAAACACACAACGCUGUCGCGCGCUUACUUUCCGACUCUCAUGAGGGUUCCGUCCUACGACGACGUGUGAAGUUUCUUGUGCUGCGUGUCGGCCGUCCCUGUUCAACCAUUUUGUAAAUACGUUUCCGCGUAAAAAGAGGUUUUCUAUGAAGAACUGAAUGUGCUUUUUUUUCAAGCCGUCUAUGUUUCCACGACCCCCGACAUUGCCAAGGUGACAUUUGGCUUUGCAGUAAUGUUGUAACGCAACGCUUUACUCCCCAUAGUAGUGCUUCUCCAACUCAUUACACCAAGUAGCACCUCAGAAAGUCCUUUGCUCGCCAAGUACCGCCGUCGUGACCAACACAGCGGAGUAAGGCUUCAUUAAAAGCAACACGGAAAAUGUAUUUCUGGAACGUAUCUUUAACACACCGGCGCCUUGAGAUACAAGUGACCCGACUUAAGAGUCUUUCGGAUCCGAGCCGUGCGGUUGUUGGACAGAUUUUUUUGCUUUGACGUGCGGGCACAUUUUUGAGAUAUGAGCUCUGUAUGGCGGCAGUGAAUUUUUUUUUUUUUUUUUUUUUUUAGAGAGAGAGCUGUGUCUGCAGUGGGGGGGGGGCACAAGCGUCUAGGGCCCACCCAUAGCGGCGGGUCUGCUCAAACAAAAUGGGAAACGCCAUAGACAGGCUAACGAAUAGCCUGUGAUGGUGGGACAACGGAUAUUUGAAUACAAACAGUGCAACAACACAAGUAGACAGACAACAAUACUCACAGGCAUAUAUUCUUUAUUUUCUGGAGCAAAAAAUAUUACUGAGUCACUUACAGCAAAUUAACUUUUCUUCGUUUGUCUGCAUGAUGAUGAUACCGCCCCCCGGUGGCCAAGCCACACGCACACCAGAACACGGCGCAAGGAAUGAAUCAUGAUCCACAAACUGUUUAGUUCUUUAGAUUCUAUUGAAUUAUGUUAUCAGUAUAUGUAGUCACACAAUGAAUUAUACUUGUAUCUCAAGGCACUACUGUAACAUUAUGCAGUUUGAACAUUAACACAGCUCUUAAAGAAAAUCAUAAUAAUAAUAAUUCAAUUAAAAUGUAUUGCACAUAAAAAUGGCUUCAAAGUGAAAUACAACUGAACUGUAUUUUGACAGUGGUUCUUUUGCGCGCCACUAGAGGCAGCCUGCAUACCACGCUUUGAGAAUCACUUCCGCAAGCAUGGCGGAUUUCUUUGGGGGGCGCAUGCGUGUGCGGCCAGGCGUGUUCGAAGCGUGUACAAAAACGCCUGCGUGGUCGAUGUGCCGCAAUUCGCGACGCGACACCACGUGCUUUCCAUUUUGCGUUUGAGGGAGGAGCAUGCUGUAUGUUUUGCAUUUGGGGGGAGGAGCAUGUCACACGUUUUAUGUCUGGGGGAGGAGCAUGCCGUACGUUUUGCAUUUGUGGGAGGAGCAUGUCGUCCGUUUUGCGUUUGGGGGCGGAGCACGCCGCACAUUUUUUCGUCUGCUCCAUGUCGCCCGCAAAAACAAACUCCAAACUUCGACAGAAUCGCUUCUGUUGGCUUUUUUGGUGCCAAAAAAGGAGCCGCCUCGCUUCCGGUAAAUUCCGUCACGCAGAUUGAUCCAACUGCGCUUGAACGACUGCCAAAUUUCACCUGGAUUCACUGGCGCGGGUUUUUUUGCAGCAGUCACAACACGUGCGCCAAAACAAGAACGUUAACGUGUCUCACAUUGAGAAUCUGAGCGGGAGGAAUUCGGAUGCCGCGAGAUUUGGUCAAAUGUCCAAAUGUCUCGGCGCAUUUACGGCGACUUUCGGCGAUCGUUUUGAUUUGAUUCGAUUCUUUGCGGCAAGCGGUGUCAGCCAGCUAGGAAAGACUCUGCGAGCUAAAACCUUUCCUAGCUGAGCCUAAAAGGAGCAAAUGGAAAAUGGAUACAGGGAUUCUUCUUCUUUUUUAUUCCAUUUUCUUUUAUGUUGUUCUAUUUGAUCCUGUUCCACUUCCUUCUGUUAUCUUAUUUUAUUCUAUUUUCUUUUGUAUCAUUUAUCGAGCUGACAGGAAAGCUGGAGCCAGAUGACUUGGUCGAUUACUUUGAAUGGUUUUGAGUUUGAUUUAUUACAUAAAGUCUUUUAAGAACUAUCGGUCCAUACCGAUGUUAUUUUCUCUCGUGUUACUUCACUGGGAAUGUGCGGUAAUUGGUACCGACACGCUAAAUCCACAGCGACAGAAAUGAUCAACUUGCUUUUGUUUUGGUGUGAAAUUUCCCAGCAAAAACGUGCAAGUUGCCUCAAAUGGACAAGUGACGAUUCAUCAUCUUGCUGCUUCUGUAUGCAUUUUAAACAACAUUCAAGUUCCCAAGUUCGAGACUAACCUAACGUUUGCAUUUUUUAUUAUUAUUAUUAUUGUUAUUAUUUCACCCGGAGUUUUCCGUUGCCUGACGCCCGAAGAGGCUCCAGUCGGAUGUCGGGAAUGUUUCUCCUCCUCCUCCUCCUUUUUAUUUAUUUCUGUAUUUAUUUUGUGUGCUAUUUGGCGUCUACGGUACAUGAAUAAAGUAUGAACAAUAUGCA